AUGGAUCCAGCUCUCCUGACCGGUUUGGGUGCCGCCUCGGCCAUCUUCUUGACUGCGAUUGGCUCUGCCAUUGCCACUUCUCAUGCCGGAAUCUUUGCCCUGCGCGGCAACAGCUGGAUGAAUUUCGUUCCCGUCGUUCAAGCCGGAGUCUUGUCCGUCUAUGGGAUCAUUAUCGGUUGUCUUCUCUGUUUCAAACUAGAUAGCGGGAAAGAGUUGAGUCAAGUCGAAGGAUACCGCAACUUGUCGGCGGGACUUGCCGUGGGAUUGGCCUGCUGGGCCAGUGGAUAUGGGAUGAUGUCCUUUCUUCAACAGAUCAAUGACGGCAAAGCAGGAGUCGGCGACAGCAAACCAGGAGAUGGUUCCUCGCGCACUGUCAGUAGCGAUGCCGCCCCCGAACGAGAACCGCUUUUGCCACCACCACAAACAGGAGGACAGGCGAGUCCACUUUUUUUCAAGAAAUUUGUUCUCGUCAUGAUCUUUCUCGAGUCAGUGGGUCUGUACGGAUUGAUUGUGGCAUUGUUCCUUGUUGGGAAAUAG